AUGAUUGUUUUUACUACUACUACUACUACUACUACUACUACUACUACUACUACUACUACUACUACUACUACUACUACUACUACUACUACUACUACUACUACUACUACUACUACUACUUCUACUACUACUACUACUACUUCUACUACUACUACUACUACUACUUCUACUACUACUACUACUACUACUACUACUACUACUACUACUACUACUACUACUACUACUACUUCUACUACUACUACUACUACUACUACUCAGAAUUUUCACAAGACAUGA